AUGGCGAUUCGUAUUCCUUUGAUCUGUCUUCUUGUUUCAGUCACGGCAAUUGCAGCUGAUUUGACACCGGAGCGUUAUUGGAACAGUGCGUUACCAAACACUCCCAUACCAACCUCUCUCCGACAUCUAUUUACUACUCCCGAUUUUACCGACAUGAAAAGCACCGACGUUCUAGUAGGAAAAGGAGGCGUGAAUGUUAACGCCGGAAAAGGUAAGCCCGGCGGAGGAACCGCCGUGAACGUCGGAAAAGGAGGUGUAUACGUGGACACCGGAAAGGGUAAGUCUGGCGGAGGGACACACGUGAGCGUUAGCGGCGGAAAAGGUCCAGGUGGAGGCGUCGGCGUCCACACGGGCAAACCCGGGAAGAGGACCGAUGUAGGAGUGGGUAAAGGCGGCGUGACAGUGCACACGCGCCACAAGGGAAGGCCUGUUUACGUCGGUGUGAAACCAGGACCCAACCCUUUUGUGUAUUUGUAUGCAGCGAGUGAGACUCAGCUCCACGACGAUCCCAAAGCGGCUCUCUUUUUCUUGGAGAAGGACAUGGUUCCCGGAAAAGCUAUGAGCCUCCGGUUUAAUGCGGAGGACGGUUACGAUGGUAAAACGGCGUUCCUUCCUCGUGGGGAGGCUGAAACGGUGCCGUUUGGGUCGGAGAAGUUUUCCGAGAUCUUGAACACUUUCUCAGUGAAGCCCGGUUCGGAAGAAGCGGAGAUGAUGAAGAAGACGAUUGAGGAGUGUGAAGCGAGAAGAGUUGGUGGAGAGGAUAAGUAUUGCGCGACGUCUUUGGAGUCAAUGGUCGAUUUUAGCGUUUCUAAACUUGGCAAUCGCGUCCGGGCUGUUUCCACUGAGGUGGCUAAGGACAAUGCACCGAUGCAGAAGUACAAAAUCGCGGCGGCUGGGGUAAAGAAGUUGUCAGACGACAAAUCGGUGGUUUGUCACAAAGAGAAGUAUCCAUUCGCGGUGUUCUACUGCCACAAGGCUAUGAUGACGACCGUUUACGCGGUUCCUCUUGAAGGAGAGAACGGGAUGCGAGCUAAAGCAGUUGCGGUGUGCCACAAGAACACCUCGGCUUGGAACCCAAACCACUUGGCCUUCAAAGUCCUUAAGGUGAAGCCAGGGACCGUUCCGGUCUGCCACUUCCUCCCGGAGACCCAUGUUGUGUGGUUCAACUACUAG